UAGAACCAGACAAACAAUUCCCAAACCAAAAUAUAUAUAUAUAUAUAUUCUUUGCAUAUUUAUAUAUAUAUAUAUAUUUCUUGCGUGCUGAUAAUUGAUAUUUAUGGCAAGAGAGGGAGAAGAUCAAGAAAAUCGUGAAACCAUGGAAAUUGAUCUAUCCCUCAAGCUAGAUGCAAAGAAACUUGUUGAAAACGCACUUGUGAAGAACGAUGGUCAGUCAGACCUCCAAGAACCUGGAAAUCGUGCUGCCAGUGGACGUUCUGAUCAGAAGAGCUUCAAGACAGAAGAGAUGUGUGUGCUGCAGAUGCGGAUGAAUCGCAUGAAGGAGGAGAACAAGAUGUUGAGGAACGCGGUGGAGCGGACGAUGAGGGAUUACACUGAUCUGCAGAUGAAAUUUGCUGUUGUUCGACAAAAUAGUAAGAGGAAGGAUCCGAACAUGGAUUUCUUGCUGACUGGAGAUCGCAACGUGGAGGACCCGAAUGAGGAUCCGGAUAAAAGUAUUAUCAGUAACAGCAAACGAUCGUCGCCAUCACGGGAGGAGGACGAUGACGAUGAUGUUAGAGAAAAUGAUGAAUUAGGGUUGUCUUUGAGGGUACGAAGUAGUUGUAGUAAAGUGGAGGAUGGGGAAAGGAAUAAGGAGAAAAGGGAAGAUGAUCAAGUGAGAGGGUUUGGGGCAGUACAAGGUCAUCAGCAACUGAACCUGCCCGGGAGUAUGAGCAACAUGAUCACAUCUCCACCUAGUAAAAGAGCUAGGGUUUCGGUCAGGGCAAGAUGUGAAGCAGCCACUAUGAAUGAUGGAUGCCAAUGGAGAAAAUACGGUCAAAAGAUUGCCAAAGGAAAUCCUUGCCCUCGAGCGUACUAUCGUUGCACUGUAGCCCCUGGAUGCCCUGUGAGAAAACAGGUUCAGAGAUGUCUGGAAGACAUGUCGAUAUUGAUCACGACAUAUGAAGGAACGCACAAUCAUCCACUCCCUGUAGGCGCGACAGCAAUGGCAUCAACAACGUCGUCAGCAACAGCUGCCUCCUUCAUGUUCUUGGAUCCGACCAACAAUCCCUUCUACAAUAACGGAAAUCUAUCUUCGACCUUAAACCAAUCACCUCAUCCUUACAACAACUACAACAAUAGCCCUCUUGUACUAAAUCCCUCUUCUCCUUACAUGCCAAACCUAGGAGCCCUCAACCCUAAUUAUCAUCACCAAGACCCCACCAAGGGCAUUGUUCUUGACCUCACAAACAAUGCUAGCUCCUCAAAUUCCAUGAACCCCCAAUUGGGGCACCUUUCUUGGAUGCCUAAACAAGGGAAUUUCUUCAAUGAAAACACACUUGCAAGCCAACUUUUCCCAUGCCCUAAUACACUAGUUGAAGAUUUAGGGCACAAAGGUGGUGAUCAAAGGAACAGCUUUAGCAAACCACUAAUGUUGCCUGAAAAUCAUGUGAGUGCAAUUGCUUCUGAUCCUAAGUUUAGGGUUGCUGUUGCAGCAGCCAUUUCCUCACUCAUAAGUAAAGAUAGCCAAACAACUCCAACAAGUUUACCUCCUAAGGACGAUCACGGGGAGGGGAGCAGCAGUGGCGACCUUAGGGAUAACCCUAUUGAGCGUUUGGCAACAGAAUACUCCAAAAUUUAAAGGUUUUUUUUUUAUAUAUAUAUAAAACAAUUUGAACGAGCGAUGUUUGAUUAAUGGUAGAUUAUAUGAUACUUAUACAGUGUUCAGUAAUUAAAUUUUUUGGAGGUAGGGAUAUCUUUAUAUUAGUGAAACAUUACAAUUUGCUUUAUUUUUUUCUGGGAUUAUAUACUAUGUUAUUAGUGUUGUCAGCUGGAGGCUCCAUGUGAAGCCUUGACUGUUGUAAA